AUGGCCGAUGGUUUUGGUCUCGCUGUCUCAACACAGGCCUCUAGUAGCAAUGAUAUCCAAGGCCAUCUACCAAGUGAUGUUGCUAUGCAGUCUCCUCAACCAGCGGCUGAGUCUGGCGGUUCGACAGAUGAUCCUGCCUCUUCGCUGCGGGCUGCAGCACUUCUAUCAAGAAAGCGCCGAAAAGUUGCCACCGAACGAGUCCCAGGUCUACCUACUCGACCAGUUCCUGAGGCCUCUUUUCAACUGGAUUAUGGACAAGAAGAGCCUUCAUCUACUCUAGAGUCUUCGCCUGCAGUCACGACUGUGCCGGAUAAACGCCCAAGCAAAUCAACAACACCGGUUCUCCCUGCUGCCUCUGACGUUGAAGAUGGACAAAUACGAGAGGAGGGCGAAAUUAGCGACAAUGAAGAAACCUCACCACCGUCGCCACCACCACCACACAGGGCUACCACUUCCAGAAAAAAUUCCACCCCUUUGGUCAGUGCACUUUAA